AUGGGCGUGAUAUCAAUCCAGCAACAAGAUCUAUCGAAUCUCGAUCCGUUCGAAACUCGACUCCGGAAACGCGCAUGGAACAAAGGUCCCAUUCAAGAUUUAUUUCCGAGGAUMCCUGACGCAUCCCUGGAGCGAGUAUUGGAUAUUGUUAUCGAUAAAGGCUUUACUUAUAAUCUCUCCGACUCUAGACUUGCGAAUGCUAAAAGAUAUACUAGCAUUAUUGUGGCACAUGUUCGCCACUUCCACACCGACUACGACUCGCUCCUGCGCUCCGGCGUCGAACGCUUCGAAGCACGGCAGCAAACUUCGCAGAAAGUCCGCGCUGUUCUACGGGAAUGGUGUCCCUGGGAUGAGUCCAACGAAGUGCUGGAACGUUGUUGGAAAGCUACGCUCGUGAGACCAGAGGAGCGCGACCCUAGUUGGGAUCCGAUGGAUAUCGAUGAUGAGUCGGAUGACGAGGAGCAUGGCGUUGUGGAUGACCCCAUGGAUCUGGAUUGA